AUGGGAACCUACUUUUUAACAGGCGCCAACCGCGGCAUCGGCCUCGAGUUUGUACGCCAACUCGCCGCCAACCCCUCCAACACCAUCAUUGCAGGCGUACGUUCCAAAUCCAUCGACCUAUCCGACCUACAUUCUUUGAAUUCAAACAACAACGUGCACAUUGUCGAAUGCGACGUCGGCUCCCUCGAAUCGCUCUCCGGCAUCGAAUUCCGCGUCGCCGAGAUUCUGAGUAAAAAGAGCUGCAACCUCGACUUCCUCUUCAACAUUGCCGGUAUAAACGCUACCAGCAGCGACACGAGCCUUACACUCGACCCAAAAAGCAUGGCAGAGCACAUGCAAACCAACGUCCUUGGUCCCGCAAAAAUCGUCCAGUGCCUCCGCAGGUACCUAGCUCGUGGCGCCACUGUGCUGAAUAUGUCGUCUGGACUCGGUAGUCUGGCUGUUGCUUCGGAGACUACAAAGUGCUGCACCUACAGCAUGUCCAAGGCUGCGCUGAAUAUGUUGACGGUGCAUCAGAGUAAAGAUCUCAAGGGGAAUGGGGUCAAGGUUGUUUGUAUGGAUCCUGGCUGGGUUAAGACGAGGAUGGGGGGUGAUGGGGCAGUGCUCGAGGUGCAGGAUAGUGUGAGGAAUAUGUUGGAUGUUGUGGCACGGUUGAAGGAGGCAGAUAGUGGAAAGUUUUAUAGACAGGAUGGGGAGAUCGUGCCUUGGUGA